AUGGCGCUCGAUCCGCGUGCACUUGAAGAGAAGGCGAGGAAAUCCCUCCAGAGCGCAUCUGGGGGUUUCAGCUUCUUCAGCAACAAGGAAGACAAGCUUCAGCAGGCCGCCGAUUACUACGUCCAGGCGGCGAAUGCCUACCGGAUGCAGAACAUGAAUAAGGAAGCAGGUGCGGCCUUUGAGGAGGCUGCCAAGAUCAACGAGGAGAGGCUGAACGAGCCGGACGAGGCCGCUAAUAUCCGGGUGGACGCCUUCAAGGUCUAUAGGAAAGACGACCCUGAGCGUGCCGUGAGCUGCAUGGACAAGGCCAUCCUGAGGUACACGACCAAGGGGAACUUCCGCCGGGCCGCAUCUCACAAGGAGAACGUGGCCGAGCUGAUCGAGGUCGAAUUGCACGAUCGCAAGAAAGCCAUGGGAUACUAUCAACAAGCGGCCAAGUGGUACGAGGACGACGGUGCCAAAGCCCUGGCAAACAAGCUCUGGCUCAAGGUGGCGGACAUUGCAGCGCUCGAAGGCGAGUACUACAUGGCCAUUGAGAACUUUGAGAAAGUGGCCGACUCAUCACUCGAUAACCACCUGAUGAAGUACUCGGUCAAGGACUACUACAUGAAGGCAGGAAUCUGCAUCUUGGCUACCAAGGACCUUGUUAGCGCGCGCCGUAACCUGGCCAGAUACAAAGAGAAGGACCCUUCGUUCGCCAGCCAGCGCGAAUGCCAGCUCCUAGAGAACCUGAUCGAGGCCAUUGAAGCCGGGAACCAGGAGAUGUUUACCGAGAAGCUGUACACGUAUGACCAGCUGAGCCGACUCGACAAAUGGAAGACGGAGCUUUUUGUGAGGAUCAAGAAUCAGAUUGAGGAGGCCGACAAUGAGUUUUCAUGA